ACAUCAAGUCUGUGUUAAAACAAACAAACAAACAUUUUGAAUGCUGCAUGCCUCAUGCUUGCCAGCGCCUCGCGGGAGAGACCCGGCUAUACUGCAGGAGUGGCCGCCCCUGACUUGCUGGAUCCCAAGUCUGCUGCUCAGAACUCCAAACCAAGGCUUUCGUUCUCCGCAAAACCCGCCGUGCUUGCUUCCCGGGUGGAGAGUGACUCUGCCAUUAAUGUUAUGAAAUGGAAGACAGUCUCCACGAUUUUCCUGGUGGUCGUCCUCUACCUGAUCAUCGGAGCCACGGUGUUCAAGGCACUGGAGCAGCCUCAGGAGAUUUCCCAGAGGACCACCAUUGUGAUCCAGAAACAGACUUUCAUAGCCCAGCACGCCUGUGUCAACUCCACCGAGCUGGAUGAACUCAUCCAGCAAAUAGUGGCAGCAAUAAAUGCAGGGAUUAUCCCCUUAGGGAACAGCUCCAAUCAAGUUAGUCACUGGGACCUCGGAAGCUCAUUCUUCUUUGCUGGCACCGUAAUCACAACCAUAGGAUUUGGAAACAUCUCCCCACGAACUGAAGGUGGAAAAAUAUUCUGUAUCAUCUAUGCCUUGCUGGGAAUUCCCCUCUUUGGUUUUCUGCUGGCUGGGGUUGGUGAUCAGCUUGGAACCAUAUUUGGAAAGGGAAUUGCCAAAGUGGAAGACACUUUCAUUAAGUGGAAUGUUAGUCAGACCAAGAUUCGUAUCAUCUCCACCAUCAUCUUCAUCCUGUUUGGCUGCGUUCUCUUUGUGGCUCUCCCUGCGGUCAUAUUCAAGCACAUAGAAGGCUGGAGCGCCCUGGACGCCAUCUAUUUUGUGGUUAUCACUCUGACAACCAUUGGAUUUGGCGACUAUGUGGCAGGUGGAUCGGACAUUGAAUACCUGGACUUCUACAAGCCUGUGGUGUGGUUCUGGAUUCUUGUUGGGUUGGCCUACUUCGCGGCUGUUCUGAGCAUGAUUGGAGACUGGCUACGGGUGAUAUCUAAGAAGACGAAGGAAGAGGUGGGAGAGUUCAGAGCGCACGCAGCCGAGUGGACAGCCAAUGUCACAGCUGAGUUCAAGGAAACGAGGAGGCGACUGAGCGUGGAGAUCUAUGACAAGUUCCAGCGGGCCACAUCCGUGAAGCGGAAGCUCUCUGCAGAGCUGGCAGGCAACCACAACCAGGAACUGACUCCAUGUAGGAGGACCCUGUCUGUGAACCACCUGACCAGCGAGAGGGAAGUCCUGCCUCCCUUGUUGAAGGCUGAGAGCAUCUAUCUGAACGGGCUGACACCACACUGUGCUGGUGACGACAUAGCUGUCAUUGAGAACAUGAAGUAGCUCUCUCUCUCGGAAGAGUCUGAGGUGAAGCCAUAGGGAAGGGCUUCCCUAGGCUCUUUGUGCCGGUUGCUGGUAGCAUUUAAACAUUGUGCAUGGUGAGCUCAAAGGGAAAGCAAUUAGGUACACCCAUCUGGUCACCUUACAUCAGGGAGUAUGGAGUCUUGAGCAGCACUCUGAGGAGGAUCGAGAGCUGUCCACUGAGUGGCGAGUGACUGACAGGCAGUGUCCCAUGCCUUUUUGUGCCCAGACUGUUUUCCUUCCCCUCCCCCCAAACGUGCCAUAAGACCUCUGAAUGGAUUGGAAUGCUUCACUGGUCAUGUAGAUUGGAGGGAUCAGCCCUUGGUUUUCCAGGGAUCACCUAACUGAGCCUGGAUACUGACCACUUAGGGACGACAACAUUUCUUUUUGUAAAUGGCAAGAAAUUCUUACGCAGCCUUUUACCUAAGAAAUUUUCUGCCAGUGCCUUAUCUUACGAAGAAACAAGACCCUGUCUGGUGGGCCUGUGGUUCCCCCCACCCUCACCCUCACCCUGGGCUCACCUCUGCUGUCUCUCACCCUUCUCCUCCCCUUCGUAUACCUUAUUGUGCUGGAAGCAAUGUGUAGCUUAAUGAAAGAAACAGAUGCCAACCGCAGGCACAGAAGCAACACGGAAGCUCUAGCGUCACGGGCACUGCAGAGAAGGGAGGUCAGAGAGGCCCCUCUGAGUAUUUAUUUGACUGGGGUACCAAUGGUACAGCUAUAUAUAUGUACAGAGUAAUAAUUCCCAGGCCGGUAACCUUGGCUGCUUCCACACGGCCCCCUUUUCUCCCCGGCAGUAUUUGAAGUUUAUCAUUUAUUAAUAACUAGUCAUUUUUAAAGGCAGAAGAUGACAUGAGCACAUACAUCCGUAAUCUAAGCGAUGUGAUAAGAAAACUGUUCAGACUGGUAUAGCACGGUGAUCUUAGCCAGCCCAUAUGGGAGAGAGCAAAUUUGCUCGUACACAGCUCACUGUCAGCUUGGACUGGUGUGAGGUACAGCAGGCUUACACACUUUUCUUAAGUGGUUCUUGCCAAACUGGAGGGAGGGGUGAUGCCCUUCAGAAGGGGGCACAGCCCCAGCCAGCCCAGGGUCCCUCUGUGGCCAUAACUGGGUGUGAGCACAGACCCUGGACUUGGGAUCACUGUGAGUUUUGCACAUGGAGAGAUACAGACUGCUGGCCUACGCCAUCUCUUAACACUAGAGAAAACGCUGAGUAGCACAAUCUACCCGC